AUGUCAAUAUUUCUAUUAAAAUAAAAUAUUCCAUUUUCUUUGUCUUCCUGUUUUCGUAGGAAUAUAUUUAUAAGUUUUUUCAUAAAAAAAACUAGACAGUUAUAACAAUAAAGUAGGAGAUAACCUUUUCUACGUCUAAGUUUAGAGUUUAUUUUGUAAAUAUUUUUUUAGCCCAGAAAUCAGCUGUUAUUUUACGAUUGUGGAAUACCAUUCCCUUAGACUGAUAUUAUUUUAAUUAUUAAGUUUGACAUCACUUUUUAGUACCUGUUUAAGGUGUUUUUAUUAUUUUUACUUCAAUAUGUUCAGUUGCUUUUGUUUGAAUAUUCUUAUCGAGGGAACUACGGAAGACACUAAGGUUACACUAGAAACUCUAAAUCUGCGUGAUGAAGAAAAAAACGAUACUUUUUUCCGUCAAGAUAUCCAGCAAGUAAAAAAAUUAGAGAAUAUAACGAAAAUCCAAGCCAGCCUGGUUCAAGCGCGAAAUGUUGGUCAGUGGACUGUGAAUUGUUGUAUAAAUUGUAUUUGUGAAGCCUAUGCGGUCCAUAAGGAAAAAGGAGCCUCAUGUGUUAUUAUUAAUUCAAAAUUGAUGGAUCAUAAAUCAAUAGAUGAAGCUCGAAAAAGUGAAGAUAUCUCUAAAGUCUUCAACAUAAUUGUGACAUCCAAUAAAAAUGUUCGUUGCGAUCCUGAAAUCAUCCUCAGAAAUAUUAGAGAAAAUAUAGCCGAAUUUUUGAGGAAAGAAACACUAGCUGUAGAAGAAAGGAUAAAAGCAUACUCCAUGGAACAGUAUGAGAUAUUAAAUACUUUAAAGGACACGGCUUAUGAAGAACAUGAAACUAUAGUGAGUUUAGUACAAACGUUAACGGACCAAGCAAAACCUGCAUGUACAAAAAAACCCAUGGCAGCUUCCGAAGUGAUGGAAUCCUCAACAGCGUCUUUCAAACAUACUGAGCAGUUUUCAAUGAAAACUUCUGAGAAACGACAGCUGUCAGAAUCGAGAGAAAGUGUGACAAUUAAUCGCCAAAGAAUUCCUAGACGUAGCAUAGCCAAAUCGUUGCCCAUGAAUAUUCCAGCAUUUAUGUCUCAAGCAAGAACUACUUCAUCUGAUGAUUUGGAUGAUUAUCCUGAACUUGACAAAGUGGACAUAGCAGCUAGUAUAAAAGCUCUUGCUCAAAGUGUUCAUGGUGAUGCUGUUUUCGGUGAACUUCCACGGCCAAGAUUCAGUACUCAGAUCUAGAUAUUCAUACAGUACUGAGGACUACUUUUUGUGUAACGCUCGUUACGGUGCUAAACUAUAAGUUUGAAAAAAUUUGAAAAGGGCAUAUUUUGUUCAGUAUUUAGAUUUAGUCAUUUUUGAUAUAGGAUUUUUGAAGAUUUAUUUUUGGUACAAUUUGCAUUGAAUAAUAUGUAGGGUUUUAUUCAAGAAAUUUGGUCUAGGCGAAUAAAUGUAUGGCUUCCUUUAACAAGCAGAAAAAAAUUAUAACUUAUCUCAAAACUAGAUGAUUCAGUUAUUAAAAAUGAAUUUUGAACAGCUGGAAUUAUUGGUAUCAAAACAUUUCUACUAACUUGUUUGGAAACAGUUUUAUCUGGUCACAAAGGGAAAUGCUUUUCAUGGUGAGGAAAAUAUUUUUUAAAGUACACUCAAAUUUUGAGUCCAAUAACAAGAUUACCUAAUCUGAUGAAAAUGUUUUCGUUUACAAAUAUAUUAAUCCUGACACAAAUCAUUCUGCAUAUAAUUCUAAUUUUCUACUUCAUUUGGAGCUAGAGAUUCCACUUGAAAGCCAAUCAACAAACUAUGUUCUGUAUGGAGUAUGCACAAUAUAUUUUUUAAUUUCCAUAUAUUGAAAU